GAUAUAUAUAUGGAGAAAAUCAGAAAUGCCUCCUCUGAUUUGUCACUGAAGUUGUUUGAUGAUUUCCUCUGUUGUGUCUAAUAAGGUAACAGUGAGUGUCAUUGGCAGCUGUGAGAGUCUCUCUCUCUUUAGGGGACUGACAGGAGCCAGUUUCUUCAGUGUGUGUGUGAGGGAGCAGAGGAGAAACUUGUGCUGCAUUCUGAGCUGACGAGUGUGUGUCGAGCAGAAGAUGAAGAGCUUUCUGAUGCUGAUGUUUCUGUGCUAUAUGGUAAAACUCACCACCUCUGACAGUGUGAGUGUGAGGUUGGUGAAUGGCAAUAAUCCCUGUGCUGGAAGAGUGGAGGUUCUUCAGAGAGGUCAGUGGGGAACAGUGUGUCAUAAUUGGUGGGAUAUUGCUGAUGCUGCAGUGGUGUGUAGAGAGCUGGACUGUGGGACGGCUGUAAAAGCAACAUAUGAAGCUGAUUUUGGACGUGGAUCAGGACCAAUUUCAAUGGCUUUAGUAGAGUGUAGUGGAUCAGAGACUGCACUGAAAGACUGCAGAUCAGAUAGUCAAUAUGCACAGUACUGUAUCAUGGUCAAGAUGCUGGUGUCGUCUGUUCAGACUCAGAGCAACGACUUCGACUCGUGGACGGGUUUCACCUGUGUUCUGGGAGAGUGGAGAUGUUUCGUACAGAAGGAUGGGGCACAGUGUGUGACGCUGCCUUUGACCAGCAGGAUGCAGAGGUUGUGUGUAGAGAGCUGGACUGUGGAGCUCCUGUACAGGUGCUGGGAAAAGAUGCUUUUGGCAAAGGAAAGGGUCGAGUUUGGUCAGAGGAGAUUCAGUGCAGAGGAAAUGAGUCUCAGAUUCAACUCUGUUCACGAUCAUCUUCACAGAUACACAGCUGUUCCCAUGACAAUGAUGUUGGAGUGA